AUGGAUAAUAGGAGUGAUGGUUCUUUUGGAUCUGACCGAGAACAAUAUACAGCUGUUCAUUGGGAACUUAGUCCUGCAAAACAAGAGCUGAGAAAACUACGCGAAGAAUAUGAUUUUUCUAAGCAAGAAAAAGCUGCAGCUAUCCAUCAGGCAGUAGAAGCUGAGAUCACUGUUGAAGCAAAUAAAAAGAGAGCUAAUGAAUUGGUGAAAGAAAUAGCGGGUGUACAUGAGUCAAUUGAGGAAGUGAAGCUUGAAAUUGUUCAUGCAAGAGAAGAAGAAACAAAACUAUAUGCUGAUAAGGAUGCUGAGAAGCAAACUUUUAGAGCUAAACUUGAAGAAUCAACAAAUAAAUUGAGGACCUUGAAGAAAGAUAUUGAUCCCCAAAGCACUUGA